AUGGAAACUUACCAAGCCGAAUAUGAUAAAGACGGUUUCUUGCCUGAGACAUUUUGGAAAACUCCACAACGAGCGGUUCCAGGCAGACCUUUGCAAAGAAUCGCUGAAAACGAGGUUAUGUCUGGAUCAUCAUACCAACAAUUCCAGGCGUCAGUAAAUGACGCCUGGGACUUGGGAGACGAUGAAAUUAUAUCAGGUAUCUCGGAGACAAAGAUAUCGAAAGCCAUAUCACACACUGUAGCUUUAAAUGUCAUAAAUUCGCAUCGUAAUAGUACUAAGAACGACCACAAACCUGACGCAAAAUUAGACGGCAAUAGUGUAAAGUCAAGUCAAGAAGAGGUAGUAUCUUUGAAAAAGAGUGAAGUAAGAAAGACUGGCAGCGUUUCGGGUCCGCUAAGGCACUACCCCGGUCGGCCUCGGCCUGUCAGACCAUCGGCGUUGAUUCCGCGCGAAGAAAGCAGUGAAUCAAAGCUAGAAAGGUUUCAACAAGUGCUGGAGAGUUCGGUUUUAGAUUUAGAUGAGUUAAAGCAGCUGAGUUGGUCUGGAAUCCCAGUCAAGGCUAGAGCUGUCACUUGGCGCCUCUUAGCGGGUUACCUUCCAGCCAAUGCUGAGCGCCGUAGAGAGAUAUUAGAACGUAAAAGAGCUGACUACAAGCAUCUUGUUAGACAAUAUUAUGAUGCAGAACGAGAAGAAGAGACUUACAGACAAAUUCACAUUGAUAUUCCUCGGAUGAGCCCACUGGUGGCACUCUUUCAACAGAUCACAGUACAGGUGAUGUUUGAGAGAAUCCUUUAUAUUUGGGCAAUAAGGCACCCUGCAUCAGGCUACGUUCAAGGCAUUAAUGAUCUGGUGACACCAUUCUUUAUGGUGUUUCUGCAAGAAGCUGCUCCUGAGAAGGAGUUAGAUAACUUUCCCCUCGAUACUUUGAGUGAGGAACUGCGGGAUACCAUUGAAGCAGACUCCUUUUGGUGCCUCUCUAAGUUCCUGGACAGUAUACAGGAUAAUUAUAUUUUUGCACAGCUCGGUAUUCAAUAUAAGGUGAACCAAUUAAAAGAGCUAAUAAGGCGUGUAGACUUAUCCCUUCACGAACACCUUCAAAGUCAUGGGGUCGACUACCUCCAAUUUUCAUUCAGGUGGAUGAACAACUUGCUCACUAGGGAGAUCCCUCUACCUUGCACCAUUCGCCUCUGGGACACCUAUCUCGCCGAGUCGGACGGUUUCGCCACCUUCCAGCUCUACGUGUGCGCCGCCUUCCUUCUUCACUGGCGCGAGAGACUGUUGCGAGAGCGCGACUUCCAGGGCCUCAUGAUCCUGCUGCAAAAUGUUCCCACGCAAAACUGGACCGACUCCAACAUAAGCAUGUUGGUGGCGGAAGCGUACAGACUGAAGUUCGCCUUCGCGGACGCACCGAACCAUUUGCACAACGCGGGCAAAUCUGACAGAUGA